AUGACCUUCAGACACGCUGCGUUUUCAAUUUCAAGGUUGCCCGAAAAACCUAAAAUUUCGUUUCAAAUUGCGCAAAAAAAUACUUUCCAUUCCAUUUUUGUUUGGUCAGUUUUUUUUUUUGUCGGUUCAGUUUUGGUCUCCCUGUUCUCUAAUUCUCAUUCUUUAAGCUUCUAUUUUUACAAUUUUUUUUUUCAGUUUUUGCAAUGUUGGCUAGAAGAAUGCAACGGGAUAAUUCUAAGAAAAGAGAAACGCGCUCUGCCCAAACGGCUCAGUGAAUUAAUCACUCGGACUACGCCUGCUGAACAGACCCGAAUCAUUCUUCCAGAGGGUGUUUUUGAAAGAAGUGAUCUUCUACACUGCAAUAUGUUUAUUGAGGGGCUUCCGCCAAGCGUGUUUUUUGGAAGCGGAUUCGGACAUAGGUCUAGCCUAGCAAGAGCAGCUGCAGCGAAAGAUCUUGUAGAUAAGUGUUUCCAAGUCGGGUUGAUAUCUGAAGCGCUGCAUACCUCCAUCGGAAACCAUCCGCACUUCGAAAAGAGCGAUCUUCCAAGAAGGGCGUAUGACUUGGCAGUGGACGCUUUUGUUGAUCUAGAUGCUAAAAUAUCUUCAGGAAGAUGGCCUUGGGAUCUCAAUACAGCAAAAGAAUUAGAACCCGAAACCCUUGACAGAUUGAAGGCGGUUUUCAAUUCGGUAGUGCAAGACAUCUAUUUCCCGAGAGUACAUGAUCGCCCUCGAGAUGAAUUCAUGCACCCUCCGAUGCCACCCAAUGGAAGCGCGGCAGCCAACUUUGCCGUCAAUCAUCACGAGAGGUCGGAAUUCUGUGGCCGUUGUAGGCUGUAUGGUCAUUCCGAGAGGUACUGCAACGAAAGUAGAGGACAUGGUCGAGAUUGGGAUGAGGCUACAUCUCCAGGACUAAUGCCAGGCUUGAGGGCAACGCAUUAUGAGGAACAAAGAUUCCCCAAAUCAGAAUAUGAUCGUCGCCCUACUGCAGACAAAGAUGCAUUUCAUUACACUUCUGAUGAGAUGGAACAGAAAAUAGCCCGGCAGCGGGAGGAGCUGCUUCACCAAGAAAUGGCGCUACGACGGGCAGGAGCAGCAGAUAACUGGUCCACUGGUAGUGCUGCUUUUCAACCAUCUCUUGCACAAACACAACCUUCAAUGGCGUUGAAGCCUCUUAUGCCGCCACUUGGUGAUCGAUUAAAUCACGGUCCGAUUGAGCCUUUCAUAAAUAACAUACCGUCAUCUACAGAUAGGUUGCGGUUAGAACAGCAUUUCCGAGCUUCCCAUGAGGAGGAGCUGCGAGCGAAGCUAGAGGCCAAAGCGCAAAAAUUGGAAGAGGAAAAACGGCUGAGACAGAUCGAAGAAGAGUUAGAGCGUAGAAUGCAAAGGGAGUUGGAAGAAAAGAAGAGAAUAAUGGAAGAUGAAAUUCGUAAGCAAGUCCAAUUUGAAGAACGAGCUAGACUGCAAGUGGAGCUUGCGCGAACACAGAUCGAAGCUCCUCCGCCACACGCGCAUACAUUUUCUGCAUUUCCGGCGUUGAGCCAGUUCAAUUCUUCAUAUGUGCCGGCAUCGUUUUCUUCCUCCUUAGCGCCCUCGUCAGUUUUGCCUGACAGUGAUGGAGUUAAAUGUGCAGCCUAUACCUCAGCACCGGAUUUCGAAAUGGAAGAAAUUAAACAUCUCAUUAGGGAAAUAGAGGACAAACUAGCUGAACUACAACGCAACUGCCGUGAAGCUGAAUUAUCAUCUAUAUUCCAGUCUCGAGCCUUUCGAAUGAUAGGGGAACUCGGCAACAAUGCCCACUUGUUGGAUCGUAAUCAGAAGCAGAUGCUCUUAUGUGAAUUGAAGGAACUACUAAGUCAAGCUGGAUCAGAUGCAGCUGACCACAAAAGAAGAGAAAGAGGUCGUGGCAGAAGCAGAGAUCGGGCGGCAGGACAAAGGGAUAGCCGGGACCGCCGCCGCUCCUCUCAUCGGUCGCGAUCGAGAUCGUCCAGAACUCGUGAUACUUACAAGCAUAGAAGGGGCGAAAGUUCUCCCGAAGAAAUCAAAGUCCAAGUUGGCGACAUCACGUUGCGAAAACUAUCGUUGACUGAACAGCGCCGUUUGAAAGUAGGAGAGGUAGUUGUCUCCCAGGACAUGAAGACAGGAAAAUGGAUCACUUCUCGUCUUGCUAAGGUGUCGGGAAACAGAGCCACUUUAUGUGUUGGCAAUACAACAUGGAAAAGAAAUCUCGAUGAACUGUUCAAGGAAGUUCGUGAGAAGUCGUAUUGA